CUGGACGGAGCUUCCGGGUAGAGCGGCGUCCUACGAGACCGGAUACUGAAUAAUACAUUUAAGGAAAAAAAAUGGAUGAAGAACCUGAAAGAACUAAGCGAUGGGAAGGAGGCUAUGAAAGGACAUGGGAGAUUCUUAAAGAAGAUGAGUCAGGAUCACUUAAAGCUACGAUAGAAGACAUUCUCUUCAAAGCAAAGAGAAAAAGAGUAUUUGAGCACCAUGGACAAGUUCGACUUGGAAUGAUGCGUCAUCUUUAUGUGGUAGUAGAUGGAUCAAGAACAAUGGAAGACCAAGAUUUAAAGCCAAAUAGACUGACUUGUACUUUAAAGUUAUUGGAAUACUUCGUAGAAGAAUAUUUUGAUCAAAAUCCUAUUAGUCAGAUUGGAAUAAUUGUAACAAAGAGUAAAAGAGCUGAAAAACUGACCGAACUCUCAGGAAACCCAAGGAAACAUGUAACAUCUUUGAAGAAAGCUGUAGAUAUGACCUGUCAUGGAGAGCCAUCCCUCUAUAACUCCUUAAGCAUGGCUAUGCAAACUCUAAAACACAUGCCUGGACAUACAAGUAGAGAAGUCCUAAUCAUCUUUAGCAGCCUCACAACUUGUGAUCCGUCUAAUAUCUAUGAUCUAAUCAAGACCCUAAAGGCAGCUAAAAUUAGAGUGUCUGUUAUCGGAUUAUCUGCAGAGGUUCGGGUUUGCACUGUACUUGCUCGUGAAACUGGUGGCACAUACCACGUUAUUUUAGAUGAAAGCCAUUAUAAAGAAUUGCUGACACAUCAUGUUAGUCCUCCGCCUGCUAGCUCAAGUUCUGAAUGUUCACUUAUUCGCAUGGGAUUUCCCCAGCAUACCAUUGCUUCUCUGUCUGAUCAAGAUGCAAAACCCUCUUUCAGCAUGGCGCACUUGGAUAGCAACACUGAGCCAGGACUUACAUUAGGAGGGUAUUUCUGCCCACAGUGUCGGGCAAAGUACUGUGAGCUUCCAGUUGAAUGUAAAAUCUGUGGUCUUACUUUGGUGUCUGCUCCGCAUUUGGCACGGUCUUACCAUCAUUUAUUUCCUUUGGAUGCUUUUCGAGAACUUCCUCUAGAAGAACAUAAUGGAGAAAAAUUUUGUUAUGGAUGUCAGGGGGAAUUGAAAGACCAACAUGUCUAUGUUUGUGCUGUGUGCCAAAAUGUUUUCUGUGUGGACUGUGAUGUUUUUGUUCACGACUCUCUUCACUGUUGUCCUGGCUGUAUUCAUAAGAUUCCAACUUCUUCAAGUAUUUGAUUCCAACAUAUAGUACACAUUGUAUGUGUUAAAAGGACAUUUGCAAGUGUUAAUAAAGUGAUUCUUCAGAAGAAGCUCCAAUUAAGAUAUGAAGACCAGUUUGAAAGGAAAAUCUGAUUUAAGAAACUUUUUGCUAAGAAAAUGUAGGAUUGGGGCACCUGGCUCAGUCAUUCGGAAGAGCAUGACACUCUUGAUCUCAGGGUUAUGAGUUCGAGCCCUACGAUGGAUUGCUACAAGUUUCUCACAUCAUAACCACAGGAACUGGAUUUAGUAACCAUAGUUUAACAAAUAAACAACACAUCCAGCCUAU